CCAGCCCGCCGGGACCGGAGGGGAAGCGUGCGAGGACGCCCGGCCGGGCUCCGCCGCCGACACCCCCAUGGGAUCAGAGAGGACGGAGAUACGCAAACGGCAGAUGGCUACGACCCCAGAGACCCCAGGUGCUGCACAGGCUCAGCUCAGCACAGGAAAUCGAGGGUCCAAUGCCUGCUGCUUUUGUUGGUGCUGUUGCUGCAGCUGCUCAUGUCUUACUGUUAGAAAUCAAGAAGAAGAGAGAGCAAGGAGAACAUCUCAUGAACUCCAAGCAGAGGGUAUUCCAAACUGUGAGGAAAGCCCUGCUCCCACUCUUGAAGAAGUAAAUGCCUGGGCUCAAUCAUUUGACAAGUUGAUGCUUACUCCAGCUGGCAGAAAUGCUUUUCGUGAAUUUCUACGAACAGAAUUCAGCGAGGAAAACAUGCUUUUCUGGAUGGCCUGCGAGGAACUAAAACAAGAAUCCAACAAAAGUGUCAUUGAAGAAAAAGCAAGACUAAUUUAUGAAGAUUAUAUUUCUAUCCUUUCUCCAAAAGAGGUCAGUCUGGACUCCAGAGUAAGAGAAGUUAUUAACCGAAAUAUGCUGGAACCUUCACAACACACCUUUGAUGAUGCACAGCUCCAAAUUUAUACCUUAAUGCACAGAGACUCUUACCCACGGUUUAUGAACUCUGCUAUUUAUAAGGACUUGCUUCAGUCCUUGUCUGAAAAAUCCAUCGAAGCAUAGAAUUUUUUCUUAUAUGUAUUUAUUUUAAAAAAGACAGGACUCUGGGCUACAGAAAUCCACAGGGAAUUUAGAAUUAAGCAGAUAUUUACCUGAAAAUAACUCAGGCAAAUUUUACUACAGACUAUAUAAUUUAAAUCUGCACAAAGCUCUGACACAAUCAGCUAAGUACAGUUUCUGAUUAAAUUCAGUAUUACUUUUCAAAAGGAAAUGAAGAGAAUGAAGAAGAAACAUUGUUCAAAAAAUGCAGUAUUUUUUCAAACACAUCAGACAAUUUAGUCACAAAGCUAUUACAACUUAUAUCUGAGGUACAAAUACCAACUGUGCAUGAAACUAAAACUGAUUUUUGAGUGUUAGAAUUUUCUUGAAAACCAAACCAGUUGCCCCAUCCACACUGUGACCAAAGUAAAAAUAUUACUGUUAGUGCUGUGUUACUCUAGGCAGUGCCAUCACACCUGGCAUAGGUACAUUCCACUUAUUUUGUUUCCACAUAUAUGUAGUAAUGCAUAUAUGGUGCACUAAUGGAAAUUGGCAUGCAAUCUCAAGUUUAUGGAAGUUUCUGGUUGAAAUAAUGCUGCUUAUAAAAAAAAAAUCCUUUGCUGAAGAAUUAUUAUUUUAGCAUUAGAAUCUGCUGAAAGCAUUAAGUUCCCUUUGUUGAUGUUCAUAAAGUUAAAUUAUUUAUUUCAGAGGAAGACAAGCCUGGGCAUUCAAAUUCCAAAAUAAAGCACAAGAAUUCU